AUGAUACAAUGCUUCAUUGGAAAGACCCCAGUAGGCGCAUUGCAAGUCUACGAUCGAAUGAAAGCAUUGAAAGUUUCGCCGAAUAGUUAUACUUUCACUUUUCUUCUUAGCUGCUUUGAAUCCUGUGAGGCCCUUGAAGAUGGGAGGGUGGUUCAUGGUGACAUUGUCAAACUUGGUUUCAGCUCCAGCGUCUUUGUUCAGAACACCCUUUUGGAUUUCUAUGCGAAAUGUGCCGGCGGUUUUGGUUUUGAUUCUGCACGGAAGGUGUUUGAUGAAAUGCCUGAGAGGGAUGUGGUUUCUUGGAAUUCUAUGAUUGCUAGUUACAUGAGUCGUGGUGGGGUAGAGCCUGCAAUGAGGCUGUUUGAGUCAGUUCCGGAGAAAAACAUUGUGACAUGGAACUCUGUUGUUUCUGGUCUUUCCAAGGCCGGGAACAUGGAGUUGGCCCGUUCGGUUUUUGAGAAGAUGCCUGAAAGAAAUGAUGUUUCCUGGAAUUCAUUGAUAACUGCGUAUAUACGGUUGGGUGAUAUGAGCUCAGCUCGGUGUUUAUUUGAACAAAUGCCUGAGAAAACAGUUGUUUCUUGGACCGCCAUGGUGUCUGGAUACAACAUCAUUGGAGAUCUUGAAUCAGCCAGGAAUGUAUUCAGUUUGAUGCCGGUGAAAAAUGUUGUAUCGUGGAAUGCUAUGAUUGCAGGUUAUGUUCACAACCACAUGUUUGAUCAAGCUCUUUCUGUAUUCCGCAAGAUGUUGAUUGAUGGCAAGUGCAGGCCUGAUCAGAGCACUAUGAUCAGUGUGCUAUCGGCAUGUACUCACUUGGGUUCUCUUGAACAUGGGAAAUGGACCGAGUCUUAUAUUAAGAGGAACAAGUUUGACAUGUCUGUACCUUUGGGAAAUGCUCUAAUAGACAUGUUCGCAAAGUGUGGAGUUGUAGAAAAUGCAAAAGCUGUUUUUGAUAAGAUGGACAACAGAUGUAUAAUUACAUGGACGACAAUGGUUUCAGGUCUAGCUGUUAAUGGGUGGUGCAGAGAAGCAUUAGCUCUCUUUGAAACAAUGUGUUUAAGAGGACCUAAACCAGAUGAUGUGAUUUUUAUUGCUGUUCUAUCAGCUUGCACUCAUGGAGGGCUGGUAGACGAGGGGAAACAAAUUUUUUAUCAGAUGGAACAUGAGUUUGACAUCAAGCCCCGAAUAGAGCAUUAUGGGUGCAUGGUUGAUCUUCUAGGUCGAGCCGGGAAGUUGGAAGAAGCACUCAGAUUUGUAGAAAACAUGCAUUUGGAGCCAAAUGCUGUUAUUUGGGCUACUCUACUGGGUUCUUGUAAGAUUCAUGGAAGUGGAGAUCUGGUGGAGUCUGUAACCAGGAGGAUUAUAGAGCAGGAACCGGAAAAUCCCAGUUAUUUAACUCUAGUUUCUAAUUUGAGUGCAUCAGUUGGACAAUGGAAAGAUGUGCUGACCUAUCGGCAAGUUAUGAGACAACAGGGAAUAGAAAAGGUUCCUGGUUGUAGCUCAAUCCAAAUGGGGAACAAGAUAGAUGAGUUUCUUGCCCACGAUACAAGGCAUGACGAAAGAAAGAAAAGAGAUUUAUGGAGUUUUGAAUUGUUUGAAUGA